AUGGGAAAGUUUAGAUUCAUAGAAGAAUUAGACAAUGAUGAAAAGAAGCUCCCUAUCUUAAAAAUUGUUUUAUAUAAUGUUAUUCGUCUUGCUAUCAAUCCAAGUGAUUUACCCGUGUUCCUUCUCCUUAUUAACAUAACAGCCGUCGUGACUGAACCUGCACGAAAUGAUUCUGACCAUGAUGACAUCUCUUUUUCUGUUGAGACAAGAGAUUUUAUGGACCAAGAUAACACAGUUCUUAAACUGGAGUGUUAUCAUUUGAAAUUGGCAAAUCAUCUCAUUCACACUACCAAUUCUUUGAAAAAGGGGUUUAUACUCUUUAUGAAUGGGGAACUUUUAAUCGUUGAUGAUACUUACGUUGUUCAUCUCCAUGAUGUAAACUUUUGUGAAUACCAAAAAGCAGCUGUAAAUGUGACAAAUCCGGCUAAUCUUCCGUGGUUGAAUGGCCCAAGCCAAUCUCCAACAAAUGUAUCAAGUCCUGAAAAAGUUACUCGAACAAUUGCCUCAAGAGUUAAGACUGGUAGACGAAAAAAAUCACCAACUAUACCAAAACUGUACCUUAAGCUAAAGAAUCAACCAAAAGUAACUGAUCUUGCUAUAAAUGACCUAAACCAGGACCAGAAUUCUGAAAUUCAAGAUCCCUCUAUAUCUUUAAAAU